AUGAAGUCGGAAGAGUUAGCAGUAGGAGUGGAAGCGGUAGAAUCAGGAGGGGGAUUCUUCGAGGAGGGCAAGAUAGCGGAGCAGGUGCUAAGGCGUUUCCAAGCGGCGUGGUUUUUGCGCGCGAUUCGUUUGAGGGGGGAACUUGCUCCGCACGCUGUCGGUCCGCGCGAGCCGACGACUGCCAUAGCUGGUGUUGGUGCUGUCCGACGACGGAUUGGUGAGGCUGGUGGUCCGGCUCAAGCUGUCUUCAUCGCUCGACGCGCUCGUCCGUCCACUGCUUCCACGGCGCUCGUCCGCGCGGAACCUGCUCGCGUCAAAACUCGUCGGCCGACGCUCCCGGGUGCUCAGACUGCUCUCCCGACUCUGGCUUUUCUCCGUGACCAUCAGCAGCGUGUUGCGCUUGGACUUCUCGGCAAGCGGGCUCAGCUCGUUGACACAGAUCAUGAACGGCUCGGGUCGAGCUCGCUCGUCGAGCUUCUUGGUUGCGUCAGGGUCUUCUGUUUUCGGUGGGUCGUCAGCUGA